AUGCCUCCCAAGUUCGACCCCAAUGAGGUGAAGAUCAUUCACCUGCGAGUGACUGGUGGUGAGGUCGGAGCUCAGUCUGCUCUGGCUCCCAAGAUCGGUCCUCUCGGUCUGUCCCCCAAGAAGAUUGGUGAAGAUAUCGCCAAGAACACUGGUGACUGGAAGGGUCUGCGUGUCACCGUCAGACUCACCAUCCAGAACCGUCAGGCCGCCAUCUCUGUUGUGCCUUCCGCCUCUUCCCUGGUCAUCAAGGCCCUCAAGGAGCCCCCUCGUGACCGUAAGAAGGAGAAGAACAUCAAGCACAACAAGUCCGUCCCUCUUGACGAGAUCAUUGAGAUCGCUCGCAAGAUGCGCCACAGGUCUUUGGCCAAGGAGCUUCAGGGUACCGUCCUUGAGAUCCUUGGUACCGCUUUCUCUGUUGGUUGCCAGGUCGAUGGCCGCAGCCCCAAGGAUAUCAGCGAUGAAAUCAAGGCUGGCGAGAUUGACAGCUUAUUUUACGCAAAGAAGAUCAAAUCCCGACCCUCUACUCAUCGCGGUAUCUUUGCGAGAGGCCUCGUGUCUCUCUCUGUGGAUACAGUGAUCCAUCAUCACGGUCGACAACUCAAGGCUUGA